GACGGCGAAGUGACGCGGCUGCAUGUCGAACGAACGAUUUUCCAUGAAAUUAAGUAUUUUUAGUGAAAUUUUGUGCUAAGUUUGGUGUGUAUAACGUACAAAGUUGAUUCGACGCAUCCGUCAUGGAGCAGAUUCCCCCACCCAAGGAGGUGAAGAUCCUCGAGACAGCCGAGGAUAUUCAGGAGCGCCGUGAACAGGUGCUGAACCGAUAUGAGGACUUCAAGCAAGAGGCGCGCGCCAAGCGCGAGAAGCUGGAAGACUCCAGACGCUUCCAGUACUUCAAGCGCGACGCCGACGAGCUGGAAUCCUGGAUCCAGGAGAAGCUGCAGGCCGCCAGCGAUGAGAGCUACAAAGACCCCACCAACCUGCAGGCCAAGAUCCAGAAGCACCAGGCCUUCGAGGCUGAGGUCGCGGCGCACUCCAACGCGAUCGUGGUGCUGGACAACACCGGCAGCGAGAUGAUCGCCGCCGGGCACUUCGCCGCUGACACCAUCCGGCGGCGGCUGGACGAGCUGCACCGGCUGUGGGAGCUGCUGCUGUCGCGGCUGGCCGAGAAGGGCAUGAAGCUGCAGCAGGCGCUGGUGCUGGUGCAGUUCCUGCGCCACUGCGACGAGGUCAUGUUCUGGAUCCACGACAAGGAGACAUUCGUGUGCGCGGACGAGUUUGGCUCAGAUCUAGAGCACGUGGAGGUCCUGCAGCGCAAGUUCGACGAGUUUCAGAAGGACAUGGCUGCGCAGGAGUAUCGCGUCACCGAGGUCAACCAGCUGGCUGAACGAUUAGUACUGGAAGGACACCCGGAACGAGAGACCAUCGUCAAGAGGAAGGACGAACUGAACGACGCGUGGCAGCGCCUGCGUCAGAUGGCGCUGAUGCGUCAAGAGCGCUUGUUCGGCGCGCACGAGAUCCAGCGCUUCAACCGCGACGCCGACGAGACAAUCGCCUGGAUCUCGGAGAAGGACGUCGUGCUCGGCUCCGACGACUACGGGCGCGACCUCGCCACCGUGCAGACGCUGCAGCGCAAGCAUGAAGGCGUGGAGCGUGACUUGGCGGCCCUGGAGGACAAGGUGUCAACCCUGGACGGCGAAGCGGCACGCCUGGCCGCCAUCCACGCCGACCACGCGCCGGCCAUACACGCCAAGCGCGACGAGAUCACGCUCGCUUGGCAGAAACUGGUGCAGAAGGCCAAGGAACGCCGUUCUGAACUGGAGUCGUCGUACGCUCUCCACCGCUUCCUGGCCGACUACCGCGACCUGGCGUCGUGGAUGAGCGACAUCCGCGCGCUCAUCGCCGCCGACGAUCUGGCCAAGGACGUGCCCGGCGCUGAAGCGCUGCUGGAGCGCCACCAGGAGCACAAGGGCGAGAUGGACGCGCGCGAAGACGUCAUCCGCGCAUGCGUGGCGGCCGGUCGAGCGCUUGUCGAGGGCGGGCACCGCGGCGCCGACGAGGUGGACGCGGCGCUUGCAGCGCUGGAGCGCGACUCGCACGCGCUGCACGCGCUGUGGGACCAGCGCCGCGUGCUGUACCUGCAGUGCAUGGACCUGCAGCUGUUCUACCGCGACACCGAGCAGGCCGACGCCUGGAUGCACAAGCAGGAGGCUUUCCUAGCAAACGAAGACGUGGGUGACUCGCUAGACUCGGUGGAGGCUUUGCUUAAGAAGCACGAAGAUUUCGAGAAGUCCCUGGCGGCUCAGGAAGAGAAGAUCAAGGCGCUGGACGAGUUCGCGUCCAAGCUCAUCGAAGGGCAACACUAUGCCGCCGACGACGUCGCCCAGAGACGCGAGAUGUUAUUGGAACGUCGCGCCGCUCUUCUAGAGAAGUCGAAUCAGCGCCGCGCUCUGCUUGAAGACGCGUACAAGUACCAGCAGUUUGAGCGCGACUGCGAUGAGACUAAGGGAUGGAUCAACGAGAAGCUGAAGUUCGCAACAGACGACUCGUACCUGGACCCGACCAACCUGAACGGCAAGGUUCAGAAGCACGGCAACUUCGAGCAGGAGCUGCAGGCCAACCGUCCGCGCGUCGCUGAUAUAACCGCCAGCGGCCAGCGUCUAUUGGAGCAGGACCACUUCGCCAAGCCGCAAAUCGAGUCGCGCGUGGAAGAGCUGGCGGGACUAUGGGAGCGGCUGGUGCUGGCGUCGGAGCUGAAGGGCAGCAAGCUGCAGGAGGCGGCGCAGCAGCAGCAGUACAACCGCGCCGUCGAGGACCUCGAGCUGUGGCUGUCCGAGGUCGAGGGCCAGCUGCUCAGCGAGGACUACGGCAAGGACCUGACCAGCGUGCAGAACUUGCAGAAGAAGCACGCUCUGUUGGAAGCGGACGUGAGCUCGCACGCCGAGCGCAUCGACGCCAUCCGCACGCAGGCCGAGCAGUUCAUCGAGAAGGGACACUUCGACGCCGACAAUAUCAAGGCUAAGCGGGAUGGUCUGGUCGGGCGCUACACGGCCCUGGACAAGCCGAUGGCGAUCCGCAAGCGACGCCUCCUGGACUCGCUGCAGGCGCAGCAGCUGUUCCGCGACCUGGACGACGAGGCCGCCUGGAUCCGCGAGAAGGAGCCCAUCAUAGCCUCCACCAACAGAGGCCGCGACUUGAUCGGCGUUCAGAACUUAAUGAAGAAACACCAAGCGGUUAUGGGCGAGAUGGCGCAGCACGAGGCGCGCGUGGAAGCGGUGCGAGCGGCCGGCGCCGCGUUACGUGACGCAGGGCACUUUGCCGCUGAUGAGAUCGCCGCGCGGCUCCACCAGCUGCAUAAUCAAUGGCAGCAGCUGCAAGAGAAGGCGCUGCAGCGCAAGCAAGACCUGGAGGACUCGCUGCAGGCGCAGCAGUACUUCGCGGAUGCCAACGAGGCGGAGUCCUGGAUGCGGGAGAAGGAACCCAUGGCCAAUACCCAGGACUAUGGCAAGGACGAGGACUCCUCCGAAGCCCUGCUGAAGAAGCACGAAGCGCUGCUGUCCGACCUGGAGGCCUUCGGGAACACCAUCAAGUCGCUGCGGGACCAGGCCGACUCCUGCAGGCAACAAGAGUCGCCGGUGGUGGACGUUUCGGGCAAGGAGUGCGUGGUGGCGCUGUACGACUACGCCGAGAAGUCUCCGCGCGAGGUCUCCAUGAAGCGCGGCGACGUGCUCACGCUGCUCAACUCCAACAACAAGGACUGGUGGAAGGUGGAGGUCAACGACCGCCAGGGCUUCGUGCCCGCGGCCUACGUCAAGAAGAUCGACGCCGGCCUGUCCUCGUCGCAGCAGAACCUGGCCGACUCCAGCUCGAUCGCUGCGAGACAGAACCAGAUUGAGUCUCAAUACGACAACCUGCUGGGUCUGGCCCGCGAGCGGCAGAACAAGCUCAACGAAACCGUCAAGGCUUACGUGCUAGUGCGCGAGGCCGCCGAGCUUCACACGUGGAUCAAGGACAAGGAGAUGCACGCGCAAGUACAAGACGUGGGUGAGGACCUGGAGCAAGUAGAGGUGAUGCAGAAGAAGUUCGACGACUUCCAGAACGACCUGCGCGCCAACGAGGUGCGCCUCGCCGAGAUGAACGAGAUCGCAGUGCAGCUCAUGACCGUCGGACAGACCGAGGCCGCGCUCAAGAUCAAGACGCAGAUGCAGGAAUUGAACUCGAAAUGGACAUCGCUGCAACAACUCACAUCGGAGCGCGCCGCUCAACUGGGCUCGGCGCACGAAGUUCAGCGCUUCCACCGUGACGUGGACGAGACCAAGGACUGGAUCGCCGAGAAGGAGGCUGCGCUCGCCACGCACGACCUCGGCAAGGACCUGCGCUCCGUGCAGACGCUGCAGCGCAAACACGAAGGCCUUGAACGUGACUUAGCGGCCCUCGGCGACAAGAUUCGUCAGUUAGAUGAUACAGCCAACCGGCUGAUGUCGACGCACGGUGACUCAGCUGACGCUACGUACAGCAAGCAGCGCGAGAUCAAUGAGGCCUGGCAACAGUUGCAGGCGCGUGCUAAUGCCCGCAAGGAGAAGCUGCUCGACUCCUACGACCUGCAGAGAUUCUUGUCGGACUACCGCGACCUGAUGGCGUGGAUCAACUCCAUGAUGUCGCUGGUGAGCUCAGACGAGCUCGCCAAUGACGUCACCGGCGCCGAGGCCUUGCUGGAGAGACACCAGGAGCACCGCACGGAAAUGGACGCGCGCGCCGGCACCUUCCAAGCGCUUGAGCUGUUCGGUCAGCAACUGCUGCAGGGCGGCCAUUACGCCUCCGUCGACAUCCAGGAGAAGCUUAACACCAUGGGCGACGCGCGCCAGGAGCUCGAGAAGGCGUGGGUAGCGCGCCGCGUGAAGCUGGACCAGAACCUGGAGCUGCAGCUGUUCUACCGCGACUGCGAGCAGGCCGAGGGCUGGAUGGCGGCACGCGAGGCGUUCCUGGCGCCGCAAGACGCGCCCACGCAAUCCGACCAGCCCGACGCACAGCAGCCUGAUAACGUCGAGCAACUCAUUAAGAAGCACGAGGACUUUGACAAGGCGAUCAACGCGCACGAGGAAAAAAUCGCGCAACUACAAACGCUGGCCGACCAGCUGAUCGCGUCCGAGCACUACGCCGCCGCGCCCAUCGACGACAAGCGCCGCCAGGUGCUCGACCGCUGGCGCCACCUCAAGGACGCGCUCAUCGAGAAGCGCUCCAGGUUGGGAGAUGAACAAACUCUGCAACAAUUCUCACGUGACGCCGAUGAAAUGGAAAACUGGAUCGCGGAGAAACUGCAGCUCGCUACCGAAGAGAGCUACAAGGACCCGGCCAACAUCCAGUCCAAGCACCAGAAGCACCAGGCCUUCGAGGCUGAGCUGGCCGCCAACGCCGAGCGCAUCCAGUCCGUGCUGGCCAUGGGCGGCAACCUCGUCACGCGCGGCCAGUGCAGCGGCAGCGAGAGCGCCGUGCAGGCUCGCCUGGCGUCCAUCGCGGACCAGUGGGAGUUCCUGACGCAGAAGACGACGGAGAAGUCGCUGAAGCUGAAGGAGGCCAACAAGCAGCGCACCUACAUCGCCGCCGUCAAGGACCUCGACUUCUGGCUCGGAGAGGUUGAAAGCUUAUUGACAUCGGAAGACUCCGGCAAGGAUUUGGCAUCAGUUCAGAAUCUCAUGAAGAAACACCAACUGGUUGAGGCUGACAUUCAGGCUCAUGAGGAUAGAAUCCAAGACAUGAACGCGCAAGCGGACGCUCUGGUCUCAAGCGGUCAGUUCGACAGCGCGGGCAUCGGCGCGCGGCGCUCGGCCAUCAACGAGCGCUUCGAGCGCGUGCGCAGCCUGGCCGCGCACCGCCGCGCGCGUCUGCACGAGGCAAACACGCUGCACCAGUUCUUUAGAGACAUUGCUGACGAGGAGUCCUGGAUCAAGGAAAAGAAACUUCUGGUCGCAUCAGACGACUACGGCCGUGACCUGACCGGCGUUCAGAACCUGCUCAAGAAGCACAAGCGCCUCGAGGCCGAGUUGGCCAGCCACGAGCCCGCCAUCCAGGGCGUGCAGGAGGCCGGCGAAAAGCUCAUGGACGUGUCCAACCUCGGCGUGCCUGAGAUCGAGCAGCGGCUCAAGGCGCUGGCCUUAGCCUGGGACGAGCUGCAAGCCUUGGCUACAGAGAGAGGCGCCAAGCUGCAGCAGUCGCUGGCCUACCAGCAGUUUCUGGCCAAGCUGGACGAGGAGGAAGCCUGGAUCAGCGAGAAGCAGCAGCUGGUGGUGGCGAGCGAGUGCGGCGACAGCAUGGCGGCCGUGCAGGGCCUGCUGAAGAAGCACGAGGCCCUCGAGGCCGAGCUGGCCGGGCGCGGCGAGCGCGUGGCCGAGCUGGCCGCCGACGCCGAGCGCCUGCUGGCCGCCGGCAACCUGCACUCCGAGGCGCUGCAGCACCGCAUGCACGGCCUGCAGGCUAAACUGGAGAAACUCACCGGCCUCGCAGCACGUCGCAAGGCGGCGUUAGUAGACAACUCGGCCUACCUGCAACUCCUCUGGAAGGCGGACGUGGUGGAGUCGUGGAUCGCGGACAAGGAGACGCACGUGCGCUCCGACGAGUUCGGCCGCGACCUGUCCACCGUGCAGACGCUGCUCACCAAGCAGGACACCUUCGAUGCGGGUCUCGCAGCCUUCGAGCACGAGGGCAUCCAGAACAUCACGGCGCUCAAGGAGCAGCUGGUAGAGGCGCGUCACGGCGAGACGGCGGCCAUAGUGAAGCGGCACGGUGACGUCAUCGCGCGCUGGCAGCGGCUGCUGGCCGACUCGGCCGCGCGCAAGCAGCGUCUGCUGCAGCUGCAGGACCAGUUCCGCCAGAUCGAGGAGCUCUACCUCACCUUCGCCAAGAAGGCGUCGGCGUUCAACUCGUGGUUCGAGAACGCGGAGGAGGACCUGACGGACCCGGUGCGCUGCAACUCCAUCGAGGAGAUCCGCGCGCUCAAAGACGCGCACGCACAAUUCCAGGCGUCGCUAUCAUCAGCGCAAAGCGACUUCGAGGCGCUUGCAGCGCUGGACGCGCAGAUCAAGUCGUUCAACGUGGGCGCCAACCCCUACACCUGGUUCACCAUGGAAGCGCUCGAGGAAACCUGGCGCAACCUGCGCAAGAUCAUCGCCGAGCGCGACGUAGAAUUGACAAAGGAAGCGCAGCGGCAGGAUGAGAACGACAAGCUUCGUAAGGAGUUCGCCAAGCACGCCAACGCCUUCCACCAGUGGCUCACAGAGACCCGCACAUCCAUGAUGGAAGGCACGGGGUCGCUGGAAGCACAGCUGGCCACGCUUCGCACGCGCGCGCAAGAGGUGCGCGCGCGCCGCGCCGACCUGCGCCGUCUCGAAGAACUCGGAGCGGCGCUGGAGGAGCACCUGAUCCUGGACAACCGCUACACGGAGCACAGCACGGUGGGCCUGGCCCAGCAGUGGGACCAGCUCGACCAGCUGUCCAUGCGCAUGCAGCACAACCUCGAGCAGCAGAUACAGGCCAGGAACCACUCGGGUGUGAGCGAGGACGCGCUGAAGGAGUUCUCGAUGAUGUUCAAGCACUUCGACAAGGACCGCUCGGGGCGCCUCAACCACCACGAGUUCAAGUCGUGCCUCCGCGCGCUCGGCUACGACCUGCCCAUGGUCGAGGAGGGCCAGCCAGACCCCGAGUUCGAGGCUAUACUCAACGUGGUUGACCCGAACCGCGACGGUCAGGUGUCGCUGCAGGAGUACAUGGCGUUCAUGAUCAGCAAGGAGACGGAGAACGUGCACUCCUCCGAGGAGAUCGAGAACGCCUUCCGCGCCAUCACCGCGCACCAGGACCGCGCCUACGUCACCAAGGACGAGCUCUAUGCGAACCUCACGAAAGAGAUGGCGGACUACUGCGUGGCGCGCAUGAAGCCCUACGUGGAGCCCAAGACGGAGCGCCCCAUCCCCAACGCGCUCGACUACAUCGACUUCACGCGCACGCUCUUCCAGAACUAAAGC